AUGUCACAUAUACCAGAUUUGAACUCCAGCACCUAUGUCUCCCUAAGAACAAGAAAACAAGAAUUGAUUAUAAUCGAAACUUUUAUCUAUGCGUUUAUUGCCUCGGCAGCUGCUUUCGGCAAUUCCUUGGUUCUAUGGGUGGUUUACAAAAAUCCAACUCUACGAUCAAUACCAAACUAUUUUGUAGUCUCUCUGGCCUUCUCGGAUAUUGGUAUGGCAUUGCUUGGUACUCCGUGGUCUAUCGGUACGCUCGCAACAGGGAAUUGGCCCUUUAGUUUUGUUGCAUGUCAGUUCCAGGGAUACGUAGUGAUUUGGUUAGCCGUGGCGUCGUUGUUGAAUCUUAUGAUCAUGGCUUUCAAUAGAUACUGCCGCAUCGUAAACACAAGCUGGUACAGAAGAAUUUUCACCGCAAGAAGAACAAGAAUUUUGAUCUUCUCUGCUUACGCAAUCGCAUCCUUGGGACCGCUUCCUUAUGUUGUGGGAGGAAACAUCUUCGUAUUUCAACCAGGGAAGUUCUUCUGUUACCAGAAAUCCCUCCUAGAGUUUACUAUGCCAUUGAUGCUAAUAUUCAUCGCCAUCCCUACUGUUACUAUCAUCAUUUGCUAUCUCAAAGUCUUUCUAGCCUUGAGGAAACACCGAAAAAACCUGUUCAAACCAAACACUGACCUUGCUCAGACUCAUUGCCCAAGAAUUACAGUCGAAAACAUUCGAAUCACGAAAACUUUAUUUUCCACCGUUGUCGGGUACCUCUUAUGUUGGAUGCCUGUGUUGGUCGUCGAGUUCAUAGACCUAGCAAUUGGAUUUGGCAAGGAAAAUUUGCCACGCCAAGUUUACGUCAUGUUCACGAUGUGUGGUCUAUCCUCGUCGGCCAUUAACCCUAUUAUCUAUGGAGUUAUGAACAAAAAUUUUGCUAGAGAAUACAGGCGAGUAUUUGGAUGUGUCGCUCGGAGUAAUGAUACUAAUAAGGUCAAUCCGAUCCGAAUUGCGCCUCAACGUAAAGUACAGGACAACACAACCCUAUAAGUCCUUAAAAAUAGGGAAAGGAUGAAAAGUAUACAAUUACCAGCUCGGCUAUCUUAAAAGUUAUCGGUAAGAGCCGAGCACUUAAAAGCUGGUUUCCAAAGCUUAGUGGUUUUUGAACCUUAAUUUUUUUUUCGUGAUUAAAUAAAUUCGGCCUAAAACAGAAAGGGAAAACAAUGUUAAGCAGGCA